AUGGCGGUCGACCCGCGGCAGGUGGUGGCGGGCUUCCUCACCCUCUCCAUGUUCGUCAUGCUCGGCAACAUGAUCAAGCACGACCACUUCUCCCCCGUCACCGAGGAGCUGGGCUUGGAGGCAACAGGUUCGGAGUCGAACACAGUGAAGCUUGACAACAAUGCUGAAAUGAACAGCGUUGAUACGGCUGGAGUGGAGGACCUGAUGGACGCUAUCGAGGAAGUUAAACCUUGCUGGACCAAACCAAGUCCAAAAAAUCAGCCAUCUAAUGGUUUUGUUACAUUCUCCUUGACUAUGGGCCCUGAAUACCACAUCUCACAGAUCACAGAUGCUGUGGUUGUUGCAAGGUAUCUAGGUGCAACACUUGUACUCCCAGACAUCAGAGGAAAUGAAUUAGGAAAUAAGCGAAAAUUCCAAGACAUGUACAAUGUGGAUAAAUUCGUGAGGAGCCUGGAUGGUGUUGUCGAAUUAAUAGAUGAAAUACCUGAUGAAGUGAGUGCUAAGAAGCCAGCAGUUAUCAGAGUACCAAACCGUGUGACUGACAGCUUCAUCACGGACACCAUCCAGCCCAUCUUCCAAAAAAACAAGUACUUAAGACUAGCGGUCAUUUUUUCUUCAGUAAGUUUAAGGCCAAAGGAGACCAAUAACAAGGACUUGGAUGCAACUGCUUGCCUUGCGAUGUUCAGUGGCCUCGAACUGAAGCAUGAAUAUUCUGAAGUGGCCAGAAAAAUGUUAGAUAGGCUUCAAGAAUUAAGCAAGAAAUCAGAUGGGAAGGUCUUGGCAAUCGAUUUGCGGACCGACUUGCUGGAAAAGAAGAGUUGCAAGACAACCAGAGGCGCUCGAAGAAAAGGCUGCUAUAACCCUGAAGAGGUUCUGGCUUUCCUCAGGAAUGUUGGCUUCUCUGCUAAUACAACCAUCUACUUGACAGAGACGUGGUGGCACAAAGGCCUGAAUGAUCUGAAGGAAGAAUUUCCAAACACUUAUACCAAGGAUGACAUUAUGCCAGCUGAGAACAAAGGUGAAUUCCUGAAAUCUAGCAAUGCAGACUUAGCAAGGGCUCUGGACCUCGAGAUCUGCUCACAGAGCGACGUGUUCAUCCCUGCUGUCGCUGGCCUGUUCUAUGGGCAUGUCACAGGUAAGAGGAUCGCCUCUGGCCGUACCCAGAUCAUUGUGCCUUCUCAGUCCAGCACCUCAACCCAUGCUUCAGAUUUCAUCUCCACCUACAUCUCCAACAAGAACCACCUUGCCUACUCAUGCUACUGCUAG